AUGUCAGCCUCUUUCGGGGCUUCCGUACUGUCGGUUUUUGAUUUCUGGGGAGACGAAGAAGAAUUCCUUUCGCAGCUCAUUCAAUCACCCGAUACACCUGCACAUGAGGCGAGGCGUUUGGUGGACACAAGUAUUUUGGCCAAUUCAGAAGACUUUUACUACUUGAUUGAUUGUGCGAGAUCCAUACAGCGAUCGAAAUAUUUACCAUGUAACAACUUGGACGGCAACGAUGUGCUCUCAUUUGUAUGGCAUGUCCUCGCCAGCGAGCCCACAUUGCCGGAUACUGAAGAAAACCCCUGGGCGGAGACGGACCGACUGAUAAUUCUCGCCAAGGAGCUCGCCACAGACCCUGAUAUUCGAGGCCCAACUGCUCCUGAGAUAGCAAGCAAUAAACGCCCGUCAAGACGGGCUCGUCGACAGGUCAAACCGGCCAGUUGUAGAAGUAUCUCUCAUUACUGGUCCGCCGAGACCAGUACGCAGGACGGGACGUCGAACGGCAGGACAAAGCUUGCGGAUGGCUACACGCCGGGGCUCGGUAUCACAGAGGAGUACUUUCAGAGAGCGGUAGCAGAUAUUAUACAUGGCAUAGGAGUCCAAGACCAAAAAGGCAGCAUUGUCAUAACAUCCCAAUCGCAAAAGAUCGAAUCCGCCUAUCCGACAUGCCAGUCAACAAGAGGCGAUGCGACUGCUCCUUGUCCCACAGCUCAAGCUUCUCCAUUCUUUGCACUGGAAAGCCGGGAUAAAAAGUUUUCGAAUCGCCCCCCGGCAGGAGUCGUGGCGAGUGUUCCCUUCCCGCCGCUUUCGUCGUCCCAGUUUGGGCUGAUUCAGGAGAGGCUGGCACAUGAGCCGUUCUGGCUAUUGAUAGCGGUAACGUUUCUAAUCAAGACCAGCGGGCAAGCAGCUAUACCUGUCUUUCAUAAAGUCAGGGAAAGAUUCCCUUCGCCCAAGGAGCUGAGCGAUCCCAGCAAUGCCGAUGAGCUUUUCAACAUGAUACGUCACCUUGGUUUGGCUGCGAAUCGGCUCGGAUUCAUUCAAAAAUAUGCCGAGGCCUUCGUCAGCAACCCCCCGGCGCCGGGGAAGCAAUACAGAGUCAGAAACUACGAGAAGAGAGACGUCUUGCCGUUUGCCAUGGGAAAAGAGGGCUUCUGUAUCAAUGGCGACUUCAAGUGCGUGAACACAGGCGCUGUCGAUGGCGAAGUAGACGCAGCAGCCUGGGAGAUUGGGCAUAUGACUCAAGGAAAGUAUACGCUGGACAGCUGGCGGAUAUUCUGCCGAGACGAGCUACUCGGGAGAGCGCAGGACUGGAAUGGCAAAGGGCAGCAGCCAGAGUUCCAACCCGAGUGGAUGAGAGUUAUGCCACACGACAAGGAACUCCGAGCGUACCUACGAUGGAUGUGGAUGCGAGAAGGCUGGGAAUGGGAUCCAGAAACGGGCGAACGGCAAGUGCUACGGCCGGAGCUGGAAGCAGCUGUCAAUGAAGGCAGAGUUGAGUAUGACAAAACUGGGGGAUUACGGAUUUUGGAAACGGCGAGGCAAUAA